AUGGCUUGCUUGACCCUAUCAGCAUCUGGAUGGGUAAACAACAUUAUUCUUUACCUGAUCACUGAGUUUAACUUCAAGAUUAUCGAUGCUGCAAAAAGCUUUAAUGUCAUCAGUGGUUGCAUGGCACUAUUUCCUAUCCUUGGAGCUGUAAUUGCUGAUUCUUUCAUAGGCUGCUUCUCCGUCAUAUGGAUUUCUUCUAUCAUCAAUUUGCUGGUAAUAAUGCUUAAUCCUUUAUUCACUUUCCACCAUGAAACAAGUAGAAGUGCUGCAAUUGUCGCUGCAACGGUAGUUAUCUAUGUUCGAGAUGAUGUGAGUUGGGCAUGGGGGUUUGGCAUAUGUGUCGCUGCCAACGUGCUUGCAAUUGCCAAGAGGAAGCUCCUGUUAUCGGAUAAAACUCAAGAUUUUUAUAGUGAGAAUAGUGAUGAUGCAGGCAAAGAACCAGUGGCUGCAGCACCUACUGAAUCCUUCAAGUUCCUGAAUCCUGCAGCACUCCUAACCCAGUCAGCUACUGAAGAAGAUGGAUCAAUCAAGAAAUCAUGGAAGUUAUGUACGGUUCAACAAUCAAGCUUAACAGUAAUUCCGGCCCUCACCAUGGACCGUCACUUUGGACCAAACUUCAAAAUCCCACCGGCAUCAAUAAUGGUUUUCACACUGCUUUCAGCAAUAUCACUCCCAUUGAUAGACCGGUUGUCCGACCCCAUAUGGCAAAAAAUCAGCAUCCCACCACUCACACUACUUCAAAAGAUAGGAAUUGGCCAUGUACUGACCAUUCUAAGCAUGGCCAUCUCAGCUUUGGUAGAAUCAACGCGUCUUCGACUAAGUAAAGCUCAUAACUUGCACUCCACUGUUCCUAUGGUGCCCAUGUCGGUUUUCUGGUUAAUUCCACAGCUUAUUCUUGUGGGCAUUGUUGAAGCGUUAUCUUUUCCAGCUCAAGCUUCAUUAUUUUACCAAGAAUUUCCUGCAUCUUUGAAGAGCACCUCAACCGCCAUGGCUGCAAUGCUUGUUGGCAUGGCAUUUUACUUGAGCGCUGCCCUUAUUGAUCUCUUCCGGAGAGUAACAAAUUGGUUACCUGAUAAUAUUAAUCAGGGAAGGCUAGACAAUGUAUACUGGAUGCUGGUUGCGAUUGGUGGAGUGAAUUUCGUUUAUUAUCUUGUUUGUACUUGGUUCUACAAGUCCAAUCAGCCAGAAGAGGAAUAG